AUUGUAUAAACAAAUGAAACGCUAAUAGAUCUACUAGGAAGAAGAGAGAGCGUAGAAGCUGAGAAAAAUGAGGAAGUUCGAUCCAUGGCCAGUUUUCUUCAAGCGAGAAUGGAAGAAGAAUUGGCCUUUUGUUGUUGGAUUCGCUAUCACAGGAACUAUAAUCACCAAGUUUUCCCUUGGUUUAACUGAGGAGGAUGCCAAAAACUCCAAAUUCGUUCAAGCCCACAAGAGGUAA